GGAGCCCGCGCGGUGCCGUAGACGGGUGGAAGGGUGUGCGCCCACGACCCGUCCCCUCCGUCGGGAAGCCGACAAGCUCGCAGGCUCGGUACAGCGCGGCGCAAUCUGCCGACUCCAUCCGCAUCACGCCUCACCAUGUUGUCCAUGUCCGAGAUUGUGUCUGGUGACAACUAUCAGGAGUGCCAGGCCACGGCCGACUGGCUGCUGUCCAACACCCAAGUGCAGCCACGUGUGGGAAUCGUGUGCGGUUCAGGUCUGGGGGGGCUGGCUGAGAUGCUCAAGGACCCGCAGGUCUUCAAAUACAGUGACAUUCCCAACUUCCCCAAGAGCACAGUGCAUGGUCAUGCCGGCCAGCUGGUGUUUGGAACACUAAAAGGGAAGCCGUGUGUUUGCAUGCAGGGCAGGUUCCACCUGUACGAGGGCUACCCCAUCCAGAAGAUCACGCUGCCCAUGCGUGUCUUCAAGCUGAUGGGCGUGGAGACGGUGAUUCUGACGAACGCAGCCGGAGGCCUCAACGAGGAAUACAAAGUGGGAGACGUCAUGAUCAUCAAGGACCACAUCAACAUGCCUGGUUUUGCUGGAAUCAACCCUCUGGCUGGACCCAACGAUGACAGGUUCGGCGUUCGCUUCCCCUGCAUGUCUGACGCCUAUAGCCGCGAGCUGCGUCAGCUGGCGCACGACGUGGCAGCAGAGCUGGGCUACGACGACUUCCUGCGAGAGGGAGUGUACUGUGUCCUCGGAGGACCCUCCUUCGAAACCAUCGCUGAGUGUCGCCUGCUGCACAGGCUCGGCGCCGACGCUGUCGGGAUGAGCACUGUCCACGAGGUGAUCAUUGCCCGCCACGCCGGCAUGCGCUGCUUCGCCCUGUCACUGAUCAGUAACCGCGCGGUGAUGGAUUACGACAGCCAGGAGAAGGCUAACCACGAAGAAGUCCUGGAGACGGGCAGGCAGAGGUCCAAGCAGCUGGAGAAGCUGGUCUACACCAUGGUGGCUCGGCUGGAGCAAAACUACAACAACUCCCUCUGAGCACCUGACUGGGACCACUGUACCUGGUCCCGGGUCAGCUAACCUGCUUUAUCUCUGCAUCCUAGUGAGAAGAUUUAAAAAAAAAUGUUGUUAGAAAAGCUCUGCUUCGAAAGCCUCAAGUCUUAAAAUCCCAGAAACUGUUCCACUUUCUAUUUUUAUACAUUCCUCUGUCAGCAACAUUUGCUUUUUUGAGGUGUACAGAUACAUUAUACUACUUUGGUGCAGUAAUUCUCUGACAAAUUCCUGCUGUGAUACACUGAACCGUAUUCAGCCAACUGUAGUGUUUGAGUGAAACACCAUCGUAUUUUAAUUUCUAAUUUAAUAACUUAACUUAAUAAGAUUGAAUAUUUAUUGCUUGGUUUCUUUUACAUUCCCUGAUAUCAGUUAACAACUAAUUAUGAACACGGUGAUAUUCCUAUUUUUAAUGUAGGGCAACUCAACACACGUCUUCAUGGAUCAUGGCUGAAAGACGGUGGAAAUAAUAAUUCCAUAAAGGUGUAAAAUUUUAUUAAAUAUUUAAACUAAAUGUA